CUUGUUGUUGUGGCUUGCAGGAUUAGUUAUUUAAAGCAUGAGCCGGUGGAAAUUUCCCACGCUGCUCCGCGCACGGUCAUUCAAAGCUUUAAUACGCAGCUGUGGUAACCGAGCAAAUAGAGAAGUCGAUUACAGCAUCAUUAUCCGGCGGGAAUGCGCCCUGCUCGCUCCCGUAACAUCAUCAUCAUCUCUACAGGGACUUUCACGAAAACAAUUUCAUGGAGCCUCAGUUUCAAACGUACCAUAUCCUGCAGAUGACUGGAUGAGACACAUCGUUUUGUAUAAUUACAGAUCUGUUAUUCCACACACACCCAUGGGUAAGAAAGUCUUGCAGUGUUUUCCCUGGUAUAAACGUGGUAAAGACAGGGGUAAGGGCAGACUGUGUCCACCUCCGGCUGUUCCAUCUGUUGAGGUGCAACCUGGCUUUUCUACGACAGCAUCCUGGGGUUAUGACGGAGAUGAGAGCACCACACAUCCCGUUUAUUUUUCCCAUAAAGCGCGAGUGGCUUAUCGCCACCAGAUGGACGGCAAUAUUAUCGAUGCCACCUGCUAACCUCUGGGCUGCUUUCCCAGAAUCCAUCGCCUUUUACUUACCUGUAGACUUUUCAGAGCAAGAACCAUUAAAGCCAAUUUUGUUAAGACUGUUCUGUCUUGUGCAAUUGAACUAAAUUGUAAUAUAUUUUGGUAAAGAUGAAGAAUUAUAAAGUGAUGUUCCACUCUUAUUCCCCUACUUUUAUGCCAGAUCUGGCAUUUACCUGUAUUGUACAUAUUGUGUUGUUGUUUUUUUGACUGAACUGUAAAUAGAAGUACAAUGUACAUAUGAAGAGUUUUGUUCCAAAAUGCAAUAAAUCCAUUUAUGACUAAUUUGGGUAAAAACGUGUUUUCUGUAGCAAGAAAGUGAGAAGAUGAAAACCACUAUUUUCUGUUACAAACUUUCUCAUAGCAUCUUUAGGUUAUAAUAACUUGUUACACGGCUCUCUGGAAUGCUUGAUUCUGAUUGGUCAGUUGAGACAUUUGCAGGUUCGUUCUUUUCAAAUAAUAACCGCUCCAAAAUAAUAACGCAUAGCCGGACUACUUGCACGAGUAAAAUCGCUCCGCGCCAAUAAAGAUCAAUAAAGAUUAUGUUUGGCGCCAUCUUGUGACAAACACUAGACAACCACGACAAGACACAGACAGCUUACUGAGACUGAACUUGACAAAAUAGAGCAUGACAGCUACGAAGCCAACACACAAAAAAAUAAAGAAUGGGCAUUAAAACUUCUCAAAGACUGGUUAAAGAGAAAAAAAUGGAGACAGACAAGUAUGAAGCAGAGGAUCUUAAUAAGGUAUUACGAUCAUUUUAUGCAUAUGUGCAAAGUUUCGCCGAAGGAUAAAAAUGUUAAUUUAAAACAAAUAUGCCAAUAAAAUGUUUCAAAUUCAUAUUCAUGUCCAGUUUUUUUUCUUAUGUGGCAAGUAGCCGUGUAAUAAGCGGGAUAAUGUAUCUAAAUCCGCUUCGCGUCGGGUCCUGAUCACACUGUCGGGGCUUAUUUCCCACUAACUACCGGCUGCCUCUACAUUAUUCCUUACAUAAAAAAUUCAAAUUCAUAAUUUUUAUCAUAAAAACAGAUUUUUUUUCCGCAAAAUGCAAAAAAUUUAUUGAAUAGAUUUAUAUAAAUGUGCAUUCAUCUUUGCCAAGUUAUAUUAAUUUAGUUGACCAGUGGUAUACACUGAUAAAAAAACUUAAUGGCAUUAAUCAAAAUACUUACUUUGUCAUAUUAAGAACACUGUCAUUGCUCCUGUCAUCCUUGGGACGUCGUCGCUGAACGUUUUUGACAGCGAUCAGCUGUAAAAUGUUUUGGUCCUGCUCGAUUUUCGUUGACUUCGAGUAAAAUAAUGGGAAGCUUUUCAUAAGAUACCCUGGGGUCAAUAUGUUAACAUGACAGAAGCUUGAUGCCGUCGUGUAAGAACAAGCAAAAGCCGGCAUUUUUCCUUCGCCCAAGUUGCUUAUGUUUCAUCCUCACCACAGAAAACCACCACAGGUUUAUUAAUGCCAUCAAAAGUAUUAUUACUUGUACUGGGGAAACCAGAGACAAUUUUAAAGUUCACCCAUUUCAUUCCUUAAAGGAGACAUAUCAUGCUA